UUACCACAGAACAGGAAGAGGAUACUGACAGACAAGAAGAUUUGACAUAGAAAGCCGGUCAUUUCUGAGGAAUUAUUUUAGCGAAGCAGCGUAUCCAUGGAGGUCAGAGGAAUGAAACUUUCAAGUGUAUGCUGUCUACUUUUAUAUUUAAUUGCUGCAGCCUUGGCAGGACGAGAUUUUUAUAAGAUAUUGGGUGUCACCAAGGCUGCAUCUGUCAAAGACGUAAAAAAAGCCUACAGAAAACUGGCGUUACAGCUUCAUCCAGACAGGAAUCCUGAUGAUCCCGAUGCCCAAGACAAAUUUGCAGAUCUGGGUGCUGCUUAUGAGGUUCUGUCAGAUGAAGAAAAGAGGAAACAGUAUGAUGCUUAUGGAGAGGAGGGGCUGAAAGAGGGCCAUCACAGUUCCCAUGGAGAUAUCUUCUCUAGUUUCUUUGGUGAUUUCGGGUUCAUGUUUGGAGGACAAAGACAGGACCGACAGGACCGAAAUAUUCCAAGGGGUAACGACAUUAUUCUAGACCUUGAGGUUACCCUUGAAGAAGUGUAUUCCGGAAACUUUGUAGAGGUUGUGCGAAAUAAACCAGUAGCCAAAGAGGCACCAGGGAAAAGAAAAUGUAACUGUCGACAGGAAAUGAGAACCACUCAACUGGGUCCAGGAAGGUUUCAGAUGACUCAAGAGGUUGUCUGUGAUGAGUGCCCCAAUAUUAAGCUUGUAAAUGAGGAAAGGACGUUGGAGGUAGAGAUUGAACAAGGUGUAAGGGAUGAAAUGGAGUACCCUUUCAUUGGUGAAGGUGAACCCCACAUUGAUGGAGAACCAGGGGAUCUACGUUUUCGAAUCAAAGUUCUGAAGCAUGCAAUGUUCGAGCGCAGAGGUGAUGACUUGUACACCAAUGUUACCAUCUCUCUUGUGGAAGCGCUAGUUGGAUUUGAGAUGGAAAUCACACACUUGGAUGGCCAUAAGGUCCACAUUGUGAGAGACAAGAUCACCAAGCCUGGGGCUCGAAUCUGGAAGAAAGGAGAGGGACUGCCCAACUAUGACAACAGCAUCAUUCGCGGCUCUCUCAUUGUGACUUUUGACGUAGAGUUUCCACGGGAACAGCUUGAUGACAAUCAGAAAGAAGGAGUGCGGCAUCUGUUGAAACAAGCACCUGUUCAGAAGGUUUACAAUGGACUACAAGGAUACUAAAACCUUAGCAGACAGCAUCUGGACUGAUUGUCUUGCUCUCUCCUCCAAACACACACACCGAAACGCACACGCGCACCGAAACACACACACACACACACACACACACACACUGAAACACACACCGAGGAUUAAGUGUCGGGAGUGUAUUUAUUAUUUGGGUCUCAGGAUGGAUGAACUUAAUGUGUCUUUUUAAUUUUUACUUUGAAAGGGUUUUUUUUUUUUUCAUACCAAAUGGAAUUAGAAUAUUUUUUUUCUUCUUUCUUUUAUAUUACCCAUUUUAUUUUGUGAUGUUCAAAACAUCUGUUCUUUGCAUCUCGCAAUGUCAACAUCAAUACACAAAGUCCAUUUGUAAAUAAUGUAUGCAAGUCCCUCUGUAGAUAUUGAGAUUUUUCAUCUCAAAGAUGUAUACUUGUCAUAUUGUUUCUUUUGAAGCCUUCAGUCCUUGCACUCUGUCUGGGAAUUUUAUGCAGGUGUGUUUUCUUGGGACUGAACAUUUUGUAUGAGGACCUUAUGGACUUUUCUCCUCUUCCAUUUUUUGAAUGUAAAGUUAUUUAGAAGGAUUGAGCCUCCACACAGUACAUUGUUGCUGGUGUAUUUCCACUUAUUUCACAUUAACAGUUUUGGUUAGAGUUGACUGGCCAUGUUUUUUGAGUUCUUGAGUUUUGACCCAACAAAGACAUUUUUGAUCCAUUUGCUGCUGUCAGUGGUAGGUGACCUCAGACCCGGUAACAACCUCAUAGACUGGAUAAGGAUCAUCACUCUGUGUUGAAAACCGCCAUCUUGUGCACCUGUACUAGUGGUGGCUGGUUAUCACUCUCCCUGGUCCUUAGAAAAAGGGACUCCUUCACCAGGGAUCGACACACCAACAUUUUUUUUUUUUUAAAGAAUAUUUUAGUGGGAAGGGGAAAGGUGAUUUUCAAAUGAGAAAUUCAAUUAAAGGUUUUUAGUAAUGUU